AUGACAAAUCUUUUUAGUGAGUGGUAUCUGCGCAUAUUUGAAGAAUUUGUGCAUGUUGAAGUACUUGAAGUAACUAUCACAAACGAGAGGUUGAUUCUUCGUUUUCAAGAUCCUUUCGAUGACGCCGCAAGUUCGAUUCCUCACUGGGACCUAAUUCUUGCCUGUCGAUUCCAGCGUCAGGCUGCCCUUCAGGGACGCGCGACAAACCGGCUAAGGAACACCCCGUCGCAUCCAAAUGAGUUUCAAUGUAUGACAAAGAGUAUCGAGCAAAAGCUAAGAGGUCACUCGGAAGCGACGCGUACUCGAGACCAAGUGGUGCGGAUAGUGGGCAAGGGCCAUCCUCUUACAAACGGAGACGGAUAA